AAAAACAACCCAGUUUGGGUGUGCCCCUUUACUGAAAAUGCUGUUCAUUAUUGCAAUAUCUGUUAUCAUUAGUCUUCAAUUAGGAGCCACAUACAGUAAUGGUUGCAGUGAAGGCAGUGUUAGAUUGGUAGGUCCUGAUGUUAAUGUCACUAGAUAUGGUAGACUAGAGAUAUGUUCAUCUGGUCUGUGGCACAGUGUCUGUGCUGAUGGUUCAUUCUGUUCAUUAACUGCUAAAGUGAUCUGCAGGCAGUUAGGACUCUCUACUACUGGUGCUCAAGCUUAUGGUCUGGCUCUAUUUGGUGAAGGUAAUGGGACAGUUGGAUAUCAGGAUGUCUCUUGCACUGGGAAUGAGCUCAACAUUACACAGUGCAACUACACCACACCUUCAACCUGCAGUCAUGAGUUUGAUGGAGGAGUACUCUGCAAUCCUCAGGCAAUAUGUCUUGAUGUCGGUGGGUUCUCUUCUUGCUGUGACACCUACCACUGCUAUAUCUCAUACCCAUACAACUGCUGGUGUGAUGAACUCUGUCAUUCAAUGGAUGACUGCUGUCCUGGGGUGGAGUUUACCUGCCCUCAUCCAAACUCUGUUCCCAGUAACCAUUCAGAGCUAGGAGGUAAUGCAGUCUGUACUUCAGUGGGUGAUGUGAAGUUUGAUGAUGGCAACGAGACAGCUGGUCGUAUUGCUGUAUGUGACACUGACCACUACUGGAAGACAGUCUGUAGUACAGGCUUUACUGUCAAUGAAGCAACUGUAGUGUGUAAGAGCUUAGGACUGAGUGUAUCAAAGGUUACACCAUUGUACAAUAAUAAUGAAUACGGUCAGGGACUUGAGGACGUUUAUUCAAAGACCGUCAGUUGCUAUGGCAACGAGUCACAGCUGUUAGACUGUAAAGGAUACAAGAGUUGCUGUGGGCACCAGUAUGACAUAGGAGUGUCCUGUGAAUCAUCAUGUACCUCUGGGACUAUAAGACUGGUGGGUGGACCUACUGAUAGGGAAGGACGAGUUGAAGUGUGUCACAAUGGACGCUGGGGCACUAUAUGUGACAAGGAAUGGGACAUCUAUGAUGCAUAUGUGAUCUGUAGGACAAUGGGGCUACCAUGGAGAGGUGCACAGGCAUUUACUGGUGGAUAUACCAGCAGUGUGUAUGGGUCAGGUACCACAGGUCAGGUGAUAUGGAUUGAAGAUAUAGAGUGUACUGGAGAAGAGAAUCAACUCAAUGAGUGUGUCAGUGAGGAUCAGUAUGGAGACAAAGGGAACUGCCAGCAUUCAAAUGAUGUCAGCAUGAUCUGUGCCCCAGGUCCCUGUGCAUUAGCUGGUUAUAAUGAAACAUGUUGUGAUCCAUCUACUGGUGCCAGUUGUCAAGGAGUUAACCCAAACACCGUCUGUCACUGCUCACUCGACUGUGAGGAUCACAAUGACUGCUGCAUUGAUGCAGACUUGAUAUGCCAGUGUCAUAACUAUGAUCUAAGACUAGUGGGUGGUACAGUACCUAAUGAAGGUCGUGUUGAGAUGUGUUAUGAAGGAGAAUGGGGUACCAUCUGUGAUGAUUAUUGGGGCAACCGAGAUGCACAAGUUGUGUGUCGUCAAUUAGGAUACUUGUCAACAGGAGCUCGGGCAUUUAGUUAUGCAUACUUUGGUCAAGGAACAGGUUCAAUAUACUUGGAUAAUGUUUACUGUAAUGGACAAGAGUCAAAACUGAUAGACUGUCCACGUGGUUACAAGAACAUAGGAGACCAUAACUGUGUUCAUUAUGAAGAUGCUAGUGUAAGAUGUCAUGUAGCACCAGAGUGUACUUCACCUGACAUAAGACUGGCUAAUGGAGAGAACAGCUUUGAAGGAGAACUACAGAUCUGUCAUAAUGGAGCAUGGAGCAAAGCCUGUAUUAUUGAUAAUUACCUUUACGUGUCAAAAAAUGCACUUGUAGCAUGCAGGACAAUAUUUGGAUCAACAAAAGUAAGUACAUUCUAUUUUUCAUACAGUUGGUGGUCAUCAGGUUCACCAGGAGUUGGUUCAAUAAGGUGCAAUGGAUAUGAGAGCAAUCUUGCUAACUGUUUUGAUGACUACAACACUUACAAGAACUGCCCCAAUGCUGUAUUAACCUGCUACCCUCAGUGGAGGUAUGCUGGUCAACCAAUGUUAAUACCAGGACCUCAGUAUGGUCGACUACUGGUCAGUGUUGACGAUACCUGGGGCACUGUCUGUAAGGACCUGUUUGAUGUCAAUGACGCUAGAGUUGUAUGCAUUGAACUGGGACUACCAGCAAGCAGUCCCAGGGUGUACAGGGAUGGUCAGUUUGGAGCUGGCAGGGGGCAGAUACAUUAUAACUAUGUUCAAUGCAAUGGGUCUGAGACACACCUCAAUAACUGCACCAAGACCACCAUUGGGAUAUACUGCUCUCAUUAUGAUGAUGUGGGGGUGGGGUGUGAAGAGAGUUGUACUAACGGGACUGUGAGACUCAUUGAAGGAGGAGCUCCCAAUGAAGGACGUGUUGAAAUAUGUGCGAAUGAGAUGUGGGGGACCAUAUGUGACACUGAGGGAUCAUGGGGAGCUGAAGAAGCAACUGUUAUAUGCAGACAGUUAGGACUACCCCACACUGCUGCACAACCUGCUGCUUAUAAUGAAUUUGGACCAGGAGCUGAUCCAUUCCAAUACACAAAGGUUCAGUGUACAGGGAGUGAAGAAAGCAUUGAGCUCUGUGAUAAAUAUGAAGCUACUUUAUGCAGCACACACAACCAAGAUGUUGGAGUCAAGUGUAUUGGAGCAUGUACCACUGGGAGUGUAUCACUAGUUGAUGGUAACAAUGUAACUAAUGGAAGACUGCAGGUCUGUUUGGGAGGUCACUGGGGAACAGUCUGUGACAACAGGUUCAAUGAACUAGACGCAAUGAUAGUCUGCAAGCAGUUAGGGUACCCUCAUGAAGGAGCUGAAGUUAGGGAAGGAGGUUUUUAUGGAGGAGGUACGGAGUAUGGAAUAGCCCUGACCUCACUCUCAUGUCAAGGGAACGAACAAUCAAUAACAGACUGUGUGUUUGGUACCGGGUCCGAUGUUAACUGUAACCAUGACAAUGAUGUGGGCGUGGUUUGUCAGGAUACAUGUACAAAUGGAGACAUUAGAUUGGCCGAUAAAGAAGGAGAGAAUGGAGGAAGAAUUGAAGUUUGUUACAACAAGAAAUGGGGAACUAUCUGUCACAAGGGAUGGACUACUGAAGACGCAAGAGUGGCUUGUUACCAAUUGGGAUAUGAUCCAACCUAUGUUAGAACAUUCAGUGGCAAUAAGUUUGGUCCAGGAAUUGGUCCAGUUCAAUUUAAAGAUAUCAAUUGUACAGGAAAUGAGACAGACCUCAAGUACUGUUCAGUUGAUAUUGGCACCAGUGACUGCAGUCAUAAUGAAGACUCUGGCUUAAGAUGUGAUGGAAAUAAACUGGUUAAUGACACUCGUAUUGGCUAUAUGCCUAAUCCACUUCCUUCUCCUGGGUAUAUUACUAAUUCAAGUAUUAGUGUAUUGAACAACACUGCAGUUGAAAUACACUGGAACAAACCCCACAAUGGGCAGAGUGUACCAGUUCAGUAUAACAUUACAAUAGGGAGUAGGACAGUCAGUGUCAUUGGAAGUGAAUACAGUGUUAUCAUUAAUAAUCUAAGUCCUGGUGUACUGUACUCAUAUCAGGUUGUUGUUAGUAAUAUUUUUGGUCCAGGACUGCCACAGACUUCCAAUCAUUUCUUCACUGCUGAACUAGCUCCAGUUGGUGCUGUUACUAUACAAAGUGUUGAGUGGGUCAAUGAUUACACUGUCCAGCUGGUGUGGAGUCCCUUAGCAUUGACUGAGGCUCGUGGAUUCAUUAGCAAUUAUAAUAUAAAUAUAUCAUCAUAUGUUAAUGGUACCUGUGGGAUUGAACCAGUAGCAACAGACUCAGCACCAGCUAAUAAUAAUGAUACUAACAGUAAUAUUAAUCACACCAUAGCAACAAGAGGUGGUGUGAUGGUUCCUUCACUGAUAUACUGUGUGACAAUAACUGCUAACAACUCCAUUGGAACCGGACCCAAUAGCAGCCCUUUCAUCAUUAACAUUACAAGUUUCGAAAAGAUACAGUUAAUAAUUAAUUUAUUAAACACAGAUACAUGUGACAGUUGGAGUGAAAGUAAUAAAUUCAUUAAAAUACACGAUAUCAUUAACGCUGUCACCAUGGCAAUACAGGAGCGUUGCUAUGACUGCCAGUUUUCAUCAGAAUACAUUAACAACGGAAGAUUUACAUGUACCAGGGAAGAGGGUGUGGUCCUAUUCUCGGCUAACCUAUACUCCACCAGUACCAGUAGAUACCUACAGCUAAUGGAGGAAUGGUUGUCUGCUGGUAAUGCAACUUUGAAUGUGAACGGGCAAAUAUUUAAAAUGGACACAACAUGCAACGAUGAGAGGCAGUUUGGAUUUAAUGGACAAUUUUGCAUCAUUAAUAAUGAUGAUAAUAAUAACCUAAUAAUUAGCAUUAGUUCAGGAGCAGGUGGAACAGUAUUGAUCAUUAUUAUAUUAAUUAGUGUGUUCGUUACCAGUGGAUACUGCUUCUAUAAGAAGAAAAGGCUAUUACCCCAUAAAAGUAACAGACUUGACAUCAACAUGAAAAAAAUAGAAGAAAAAGAUGAUGACGACAUCAAAAUAACAACAUUAUACUAAUAUU